AUGAGAAACGUCGCGAAAAUCUUCAGCAGUCCGUUGGGUGCAUUUAGUACAUUACUGCAUUUUAAAAGUGAAAUGAAUUCUAAAUUUUUGGAACAUUUCGAUUUCUCUCGAAAGAAUGACCUUUUAUCAUUGCUUGGUUUGGGGCAAACAAAACUUGACCCUCAAAUGCUCCAGAAUGUCAUGAUUGAACAAUUCAUACGAAAUAAAUGUGAAGAAAUGAUAAAAGCCUCCCAAAAAAAGAAUUCUUUAAAUAUGACAACACCAGAUGUGAAUUGUGAUGAAAUUGUUGUAAAGCAGGAAGUUUGUGGGGACUCUGAUAUGUGCGAAUCAUUUUCUCUCGAACAUCUGUCGGCUGAAGAAGAUACAGUACUUCCAAUUGAUUACAGUAUUAGUAAAAUAAAUUCUUCGUUACUAAAAGAACAAAAAGAAAAGGUUAUUGUGAAUAUUCAACAGAACAUACCUAUAAUUAAACUCGAACCUAAAGACGAUAAUCAACAGACAGCAGCAGCUCCAAUAUUUGAAUCUGACUUAAAAAAUAAUUUUAAGAAACCCACGAAACCAGUUUCGAAAAAUAUUAAAAACAAUUCUUGGGUAGGACAAAGUAUUUUCUACAAUUUAUCCUCAUCAGAGAUGACAGAACUUGAUCAUGAGCUUCUAAAAAGUCAUAAGUUCAAGCUCGAAGUUAUUAAACAAACGUACAAACUAAAUCCUUUGAUUAUCAAGUUUAAUCCAAAAAAAUCUCGUUUGCGUAUUGAAAUUAAAAAUCCUCUACACGAUUUAGAACGUAGUCGCAAUAAUUAUGCAUCACGUCGCUCAAGAUAUCGCAAAAAAUAUGAAUUAGAACUUUUACGUUAUUCACGAGAUUUUGACGAGGAAGAAAAUCGAUUGCUACAAAAGAAAGAAGAAUUUCUCACAACUUUCAUUAGUGAUCUCGAAAAAACGACAAAACAAUGAUUUAAAGAACUUAAUGGACAAUGACAACGAUUAAUUCGUUAAUAAUUUUACCAAUGUACAUAUUAAAGAAGUCAUUAAAAUAAAAGUUUGUGAAGUAAA